AUGGACAGAAUACUCAAGAAGCGCCCAAGUGCGCCGGCUACGGCCUCGGACCCCAGUCUUCCCAAGCUCGACACCCGCAUCUCGAGCCCUGCCACCAGUUCGCCGGCCAGCUCCAUCGAGAGCAGCAAGGGCGAUUUCUUCCAGGCCAUGGUUCCGCGGGCCAUCCGGUCGCUGAGCCGGGGCUCCAACACCCAGAGCCCGAGGUCGGCCGGCCAUGCGCCCUCGUCGCCGCAGCCACGAAGGCUGCUCUCCAAGUCGCACUCGCGAGCUUCCACGAUCGACCUGACGAGCCGCCGCGGGUCUGUCACCUCCGAAGAACAUGGGCGGAUCUCCCGAGCUUCCACCACCGUCAGCGGCAGCUCGACGGCCAGCAUCGACUGGAGGUCGCAGGCCGUAGAGAGCCACGCCGCGCUCGAACCGGACACGCAGUUUCUGAGGAACAAGACGGGCUAUCUGGUGAUAACGACCGACUUCAUUGUCGUCCUCAAGAGCAAAACCGACUUCCUGGCUGCUUUUCCGCAGCAGGCAGCUGAGGCGCCUAGGAACUCAUACCCACCUAUGCCUGAGCCUCUCCAAGUCAUCCCGAUUCACGAACUCGUCGCAGUCUUCUACGCAGAAAGUCCACGGCCAUCGUUUGGCAUGGAGCUAUGGUGGAGGUCUCCCUUCCCGUCUAUAUCCUUUCGCACCGCACAAUUUUUCUUCAGUCUUCCCAAGGAGAGGCAAGAGCAGAUGGAUUGCAUUCAUCGACAGAUCAGAACAAAGGGCCGAGACCCACCAGAUGUCUCGCGUGUAUCUAUGGAAGUCGAGGAACGCAUCAAGAAGAUCAUCAUCUCCGAAGAACCGGAGCACCCCAACUGCCACCCCGAGGUAUUUCCAGUCGCCUACCGGACAACGCCCUCGAAGGACGGCAGCAGCAUCAAAUCUGACGACAGGUCCAAGAAGGGCCCGGAUGGGCCAUCUUACUAUUUUGCCAUUGGUGUCAACCUCUGCUUCUUGAUUGAGAUUUCCAAGGGUUCGCUGCUGCAAGAGGGUGCGCCCGAGAUCAAAUAUGAGCGCUAUGGGCUCGUAACUCUCGAAACCUUCCAGGGUCAUUGGUUCCCACAUGAAGAGCGCUUCGUGAUGCGGUUCCGUGAUCCCUUCAAGCCCGUGAUAGUGCUAGAACUAGCCAGCCGAUACUACAAGCAAAUCAUUCUCACCCUGAUGAAGGCCGACCGAUACCUCCGGCCUGCUUGGCCGCCUGUCUGGCAGACUCUAGAGACUUUCCAGGUCGUCCACAUGAAGAAUCCCCAGCAGCCCGUUGCCGGCGAAGAUUACGGUGGAUUCCAGAGGACUCUCGCCGCGUACAUGGCGGCAUACAAAUGCGGGCCGGUGGAAUGGGAGAUCAACUGGAAAGCUGCCAUUGCCCCGGAAUUUCGAUUGCUUCCGUCGCGAACGGGCGGUCACUACUCUGCCCUGCAACUUCUGGCAGUGCUCCGCGCCUUGCGAUAUAACGAUUACUUCACCGCACUGUCAUUCCGUGACGUCGACCUGAGCGAACUGUGGGGCAGGCAUGAGGUGGUUCGGAGAGGCAACAUUGCGUACAUGGAUCGCAAUUGCCUCAGCUUGACCGAAGACGAGCGCUGGGAGGUGCAACGCGGUUCGGUGCUGCACCAGGAGUUCCACGCUCUCGCAUUUGGCACCAAGGUUAUCCGACAAAUCGACUUUACUAAUUCCCUGCGGAGCUAUCCCGUGGACAGGGACAUCGCCGGGCACACGGAACAAGGUGUUCAAUUCCUGACUGCCAUACUGAACCUCCUCGAGACGGGCCUUACCCGAUGCAAUCGGCUCAUCCUCAGCGGGUGCGCUCUCAGCCGCGAGGAUGUAAUCCGGAUCGUGGAUGCCCUGACCCCUACGAUUAUUGACGACGGCCCCGAGCUUGUGGCUACACGGCCCGGGAUCAACCUCGAAGUCUUGAACGUCUCCAAUUGCGGUCUGUCGGACCAGUCCUUGCGAAAUCUACUCGAGACCCUGCCUUACACCGGGGCCACACUGCAAGAUCUAGACAUCUCUGGCAAUCUGGGCCGUGUGAAUGCGUUCUUGAUCUCCGAAUUCAUGGAAUGUGCAUACGAUCUGAGGAGCUUGAACGUCUCGGGAAGUCUUAUGGGCACUAUCGAAGGUCCGCUCGUCUCAUUCGAGGCCUUAGUACGCCUUAUCUACCUCGAAGAGCUGAACCUUUCUCAUUUCAAGAUGAAUGAGGAGUCUAUUUCGGCUUUGGAGAGAUAUCUACUGCAUCUCGCCGCAGAAGGAGCUGCAUGGAGCGGGCCGCAUGAUACACCCGCCCUCGGCUCUUUGAUACUAAACGAUUGCAGGAUCUCCGGAUACGACGCGGGGAGACUCUUUAGCGCCAUGACUGGCCUUUACAACGUGCAUCUAUGCCUCAAUGAGAAUCCGCUAGAGGAUGGCAUCGAUCACCUGGCUCGCAGCAUCGGUCUUUGCUGGAAAGGGCAAUUCGGGCUGCAUAUGGACAUGGUCGAGUUCAGGGAGGAUGCGAGCUACAUCCAGCUCAUCAAGGCCCUGGCGAUGAACAAGCAUAUCCGAUUCCUGAGUCUGGCCGGCACUGCACCCACGCCGAAGCCAGACGGAACGUGCAGCGCCGAGACCUGCGAGGCGCUCGCGCAGCUGUUCGAGAGGAACGAGUCGAUCCGCUACCUCGACAUCUCCGGCUUCAGCGGCAAGCUCGACGAGGGCCAGCUCGGCAAGGGCUUCAGCCGCUGCCUGCGCGGCCUCGCGGCCAACAAGACCAUCACCCACCUGCGCCUCCGGAACCAGAACCUCAACGACGACAUCGGCAUCCUCGGGUGGGUCAUCACGCAGAACUCGGCGCUGCUGUCCCUCGACUGCGAGGACAAUAACUUCAACCUCACGAGCAUGCGCUACCUGGUCGAGAGCCUCAGACAGAACGACUCGAUCGUCGACUUCCCAUUUGGCGCCGACGAGCAGCAGCAGCUGCUCCGUCGCUGCAUCAAGGACGUCUCCUCCUCCAACGGCGGCCCCGGCUCCGGCUCCAGUUCCGCCUCGAGCGGCGGCGGCGGCGGCAGCGGCAGCGGCAGCGGCAGCUUCCGACCCUUCGGGCUCGAGGAGCAAAAGGCGCUGUUCAAGAGCGAGAUCCGGCGCGGCGUGCUCGAGCUGCGCGGGCACCUCGAGCGCAACCGGGCCGCGGCCGAGGCGCGUUCGGGCUGCUUCCUCAACCACGACGAGUCGCGCGAGACGGGGCCGAGCCGCGGCUGGCCGGCGCUGCUGCUCGAGGCGCCCGCCAGCGCGACGCCGACGGACGCGGCCGAGGCCCGGGCCUCGGCGGCCGCGCCGCGCAAGACGGUGCGGUCGGCGUCGGUCGUGGGGCUGGGCACUAUCGCCGAGGCUCUCUAUCGCGUCGAGCACACCGACGAGGCGCUGCACAGCCUGUCGUCGGAGACGGCGUCCCCGGGGCCGGCGAGCCAUGCCCCCUCGGAGUCCGGGUCCGGGUCCGGGUCUGCUUCCCGGUCGCCGCCGACGCCCGAGCUCGAGCACCAGCUCGACAGCCCCAAGUCGUCGCUGCUGGCGGAGGAUGCCGUCGUGCAGGAGGGAGGGGCGGAGCCGCCCAUCAUCGACAUGCCGACGUCGGCGCUGGACCGGCUCUGGAGCCAGUUCAAGCUUACGCCGUCGUCGUCUGCUGCUGCUGCGGAGCAGACGGUCUAG